AUGUAUGGGUCUCAUCGAGCCAUGGUCACCGCGCCGCCAAACACGCGCCUGACCGAGCUGCUCGACCAGCUACGACAGGAGUUUGAUAACCAGUCGCGCAGCACCGGCGAAUUCGAACAUCAGCUGACCGGCCAGCUUCAGGAGAUGGAGAUGAUCCGGCAAAAGGUUUACCAGCUAGAGCAAGCUCAGCUCAAGAUGAAACAAGACUACGAGGCUGAAAUCCGCACACUACGCAUGGAGCUUGAAUCUCGCGGCAUCCAUGUUCCCCCAUCUCACGUCGGCGGCCCGCCACCACACGGAGGCCCCUCACAGGCGCCCCCUCCAGCUCUUGGACAUGGUCCCAGCAACCUCUUCGGAGGCAUUAUGGCUAACCAGGGCGGCGGUGCGCCAGCUCUUGCUCCCCCACCUCCCCCACAGGACCAGCAACAGGGUGCUCAGCACUCACUACAGAACCCUCCCAAUGCCCAAGGCCCUCCACAGCCUCCUCAAGGCGCCUUCCCUGGUUACCAACAGGGCUCUGGCGUUAAUGGUUCAGCAUUUGGUCCACCAGCUCCUACUGCUUCUCCAGGUCCCGGAAAAGGUCGCAACGCCCGUGCUCCAGCCGGCCCUGCUACUCCCCAGCAAAACCAGCAGAUGGCCUUCUCCGAUGCCCGUCCAUCCCCUCAGAUGCCCCUCCAGACCGCCGCAAACCCACAGGGAGGUCCCCCCUACCGCACUGUCGGUAAUACCCUCGCCGAGCUCGACCCAGAUAAGCUCCCACCCAGCCAGAAGAAGGAAAGCAGCGACUGGUACGCCGUCUUCAAUCCGGACAUUCCACGUGUCCUGGAUGUCGACCUCGUUCACAACCUUAUCCACGACAGUGUCGUGUGCUGUGUCCGCUUCAGUGCUGAUGGCAAGCACGUAGCCACUGGAUGCAACCGCUCUGCACAGAUUUUCGAAGUCAGCACCGGCUUGCUAGUUAGCACACUGCAGGAUGACUCUGUUGACAAGGACGGUGAUCUCUACAUUCGAAGUGUCUGCUUCAGCCCUGACGGCAGAUACCUUGCUACUGGUGCCGAAGAUAAGCAGAUCAGGGUUUGGGACAUUGCCAGCCGUACAAUCAAGAACAUCUUCUCUGGACACGAACAAGACAUCUACUCUCUUGAUUUUGCACGAAAUGGCCGUUACAUCGCCUCAGGAAGUGGUGAUAAGACCGUCCGUCUCUGGGAUAUUGUUGAUGGCAAGCAGGAACUUAUCCUCAGCAUUGAAGACGGUGUCACCACCGUUGCCAUCUCUCCAGAUGGUCGCUACGUGGCUGCCGGAUCUCUUGAUAAGAGUGUCCGUGUCUGGGACACUACCACUGGAUACCUUGUCGAGCGUCUUGAGAGCCCUGAUGGCCAUAGAGACAGUGUUUACAGUGUUGCUUUUGCACCAAAUGGCAGAGACCUUGUUAGCGGCAGUUUGGACAAAACUAUUAAGAUGUGGGAACUUACACCCCCUAGAGGAAUGGUACCCGGCACAGGACCAAAGGGAGGAAAGUGUGUGCGCACUUUCGAGGGACACAAGGACUUCGUACUUAGUGUCUGUCUGACACCCGAUGGCCAUUGGGUGAUGAGUGGCUCGAAGGAUAGAGGAGUUCAAUUCUGGGAUCCUGCCACCGGCCACGCCCAGAUGAUGCUUCAGGGCCACAAAAACUCAGUUAUUUCCGUUGCCCCAAGUCCAACUGGCCAGCUAUUCGCAACUGGAAGUGGAGAUAUGCGUGCCAGAAUCUGGAGGUUAGUACCCAAUCCUCGUUAA